AUGUGUCUGAGCUACAACUUCAGUAUAGGAGCUUUGUUUCUUGAGGAGUACAACCUCCGAUGUCAGCAGUUUGCAAACGGACAAGGCGCGUGCGAUGAUUUGUGGACGGGCUACUUCUACGAUUCGCUGUGGCAUUUGGCCGGCGUGCUUCAUGCCUAUCUGAUCGACCAGAACAACUCGUUGGCAUCCUUUGGGACGGUUGAGUCUCAGCAGGCCUUGUUCAACCUGUCCGUGCACAUGGACUACAUGGGCUUGACAGGUCGGGUGCGCCAAUUCAACAGCAUCGAGCCGACGACCGUCCCACCCUCGUACGGCGAUCGCGAUGGUGUUCAGCUCAUCCGUCAAUUUCAAGGGGGGAUCGGGAGCGAGUUCGUGGAGUUGGGUCUGCGGACCAGUGAUGGGAUUACAUGGUUUACGGAUGUGAUCUGGAGCCCCAGCGACAGCAGCAAGAGGGUGCCGUGCAGCACAGGGCAGUGCAACUUGAACGACGCAUGGGUACCUGCAGACCGCAUAAGCCAAUGCUUUGCAGGAACGGUUUUCUCGGUGCAGCUUGGCUGCGUUGCUUGUGCACCUGGCCGUUUUGCCGUGGCAGGCAUGGUGGAGUGCCAGCCGUGUGAUGUGGGCUCCUACGCCAAUGACAGCAGCAUGGCAAGCUGCCGCCCAUGCAGCGCCGGAAGCUACAGCAAUGUCCUCGGCGCUGAUAGCUGCGACUCGUGCACGCCAGGAUUCUACGCAAACGACACUUCCUCCACAGCUUGUGACACGUGCCCCCUGGGGCGAUAUGGGCCACAGAAAGGCCUGGCAGAAUGUGAGGAAUGUCCACCAGGGCGCACCACUGGGUUUUCUGCCGCCAUCACUGAGGACGCAUGCCAGUGCCAGGGGCAUUUGUAUCAGGGGCAAUGCAUAGUGUGCCCUGGCAACACUCGCUAUGAAGAGGGCCAGUGCAUGGCAUGUGGAGAGGGGCUGAUAUGCAAUGGCAGUCGCACCGCCGACAUCGUGAGCGGAUAUUUCAGUGAGGCGACUGCCCCUUUCAGUGUGUACAAGUGUCUUCCCGGUGAGUUUUGUCCAGGUGGUUUGCCUGGCACCUGCGCGGAUGAACUCAUAGGAGUUCCGUGCACUCAUUGCCCGGAUGGCAAGUCCUGGGACACCGACGGCUGCUCAGAGUGCACGGCAUUCAGCAUGGCGGGAUGGGUGCUUGCUGCCCUCUUCGGUAUGGGGUCCGUCCCCACGCUCUACUACAUGAUGAACAUGAGGCAGACGGCCAAAGCGACCACGAUGCUGGCAACCUCCUGUGCACUGGCUAUGACCAUCAGCAUGGUGCAGAAUGUUGGAAUCGUGGGCUACAUAUCGUUCUCGUGGCCGUCUGAGCUUCAGUGGAUGUUCGAUCUCAUGAGCGUCUUCACUCUUGACUUGCAGGCCAUUGGGUUCGACUGCGUCUCGAGCUCACCGGUGUCCGGCUACAUGAUCACUUCCGCCAUGCUCCCGUGCGCUCUCGUGUGGCUGCUCAUCUGCAAUUUCCUGAGCAAGCUUUUACCAACCCGAUGGCGAUUCGAGAGCGGCAAGCUCAUCUCGACCAUGGGCCAGUUCAUCCAGGUCACCUUCACCAUCUACAGCAAGGUCGCGCUGUCGCCCAUGAUGUGCUACACCCACCCGAACGGCAAGAGCGGCAUGCUCGAGCACAAUGGCAUCUUCUGCUUCGAGAGUGAAGAGCACACACCCAUGUUCCUGGUCGGAGUCCUCCUCCUCAUCGGGAUGAUCUGCUUCUACAGCUUAGCGAUUUGGGCCACCUUUGUGGCGCCGAAGAAAGCAGCUGCUGGCAACGCCUGGUUUCUCGCCGCCACGCGGUUUUUGCUUUUCCGCUUCCGCACGGACAUCUGGUGGUUUGGAACGUUCAUGCUGCCUCGUGGCCUGUUGUUGUCGCUGUCCAUCGUUGCUGCUGGCGACAGUCCCUAUGUGCAGAUGCUCCUCAUCGUGUCCGUCAUGCUGGGAUACAUGGUGGUGCAGCUCAUAUCGUGGCCGUGGAAGCUCCCUGCCCUAAACGGCUUCGAUGCCGUGAUCAGCAUCGCCCUGAUCUUGAUGAUGGCUAUUUUGGGAGCCUUCGCCCCUGUCUUGAGUACUGACGUACAGCAGAGGCUUACGAGCGCGGUCAUCGGCAUCAUCUUCUUCCUCAACGUCAUGGUGUUUGGAAUGCUCUGCGUCACCGCCUCUGCGCUGAUUCGUCUGAACGUCAUGGGCGGCUCGCAGGAGAGCGUGAUACUGGCGCUUGGCAAGAUUCCACAGCCAGAAGUGCUGAGUCAGAAGUUCCUCAUUCUCUCCACGAAGGUCCAGGAGUUGGGAGACGAGAGCUUUGCAAAGCUGCUCGAGAAUCUUUCCAUCUACGACCUGCGCAUGAUGGCACAGAUCAUCACAGCGGUGGCAUCCGAGGUUGGUGAGGCGGGCUUACUUCUGUCGAGGCGUUCGCAGAUGUUGUCUACCUCCUCGGUAUCGAAGGUGCAGGAGAAGUUGGAGGCGAUAGCGACGAAGAAGGAGGCGGAACUGUCAGUGUCGGAACUGGAACAGGAGAAGCUGCCAGACCCCGAAGCAGAAGCUGAGCCUGAGCCAGGAUGGCAACCGCCGGAUUCCCUGAAUCAGAAGACAGCACACGCAUGGACGACCCAAGUGCAAUCAGGCAUCCAGGCUAAGACCUGUUCUGGUCAUAAGAGCAUUGCACAAACAGCAUCUAUCAACCUGCAACUGCCCUUUCCUGUGAUUCUAUCGCAGCAUAGCACGCUGAGUUGUCGGCGUUCGCAGAGCGAUGGGAAGCAGUGCCAUGGCGUCUGCAAGACAGCGCGAAGAGCACAGGGUUUUGUCCCAAACGUGGUUUUCCCUGUGCCCCCAGAUGCGCUUGCAAUGGCUUGGGCUCUUGGCCCUGGUGCGCUCCGUUUCAGCCAAGUGUCCGGAGGAUACUACAAUGGUGGCCAAUGCACGGUGGACGUCAACCCCAGCGCUGGCAGAGCAGCGGCACAAGACAUCAACAUCGCGGUCAUUAGCCCUUACACCGGCGUGAUCGGGGACAUGAUGACCAUGGCCGAGCCACUCCUGGCGCUCGCUGCACAGGAGAUCGAGGACAGCAACUACCUCCCCGGAUACCGCGUCAACCUUCACCUCACCGACUCUGGCUGUGAUGAGGCAAAGGGAACGGAGGCCACCAUCGAGGCGUUCACCGUGGGGCCGCGCAAGCAUGCGAUCCUGGGGGACUCGUGCAGUCAGGCUUGUGCCGCGGUCAGCGAUGCCGCGCGCAUCUUCAAGGUUCUCAUGGUCUCGCCCGGAUGUGAUUCACCAAGCCUCAGCGACCGGGCGCGCUACCCGUACUUCACUCGGAUGACUCCCUCCGACCGCUUCAAGGUCACGGCCAUCUAUGAGGUGUUCAAGAUGUUCUCUUGGAAGCGCGUGGGCGUCAUGGACGGGCCUUUCUAUACCGCCGGUGCGAAGGCAUUCUUCCUCGAGCUCAUCCAACGGGACUUGGAUGCAGGAGCCUACGAUUGGACGGUCUUGCUCGACCGAACGGUCAACACCCUUGCGGACGCUCAAAGUGCAGCGGAUGAGGUUAAGCUACGUGACUCACGAAUUAACAUGAUGGUCCUCCCAGAGUACAUCGGCAUGUGGGUCCUGUGCCAGUUCUAUUUGCGCGACAUGCUCCCACCGGACUACGUGUGGUUCAUCGCGGCAUUUGGCAACUGGGUCAACAAUCUCACGACCAUCAUGGCUGGUUUGAUGAUCAGCGGUCGAUCGCCGAUCCAGAGCACGAACGAGAUCCACGGGCUGUCUGGCACUAGGUUGGCUGAUAUCUCCAACUACUACAACACUCAGUGCCAGGCAUUUGCCAAUGGACGUGGCGCUUGUGAUUAUGUGUGGACCGGCUACUUUUACGAUGGGCUUUGGCACUUGACCUCCCUCCUGCAUACCUACUUGAUCGACCAGAACCAUUCACUCUCCGAGCUCGGAACAGCAGCUUCCCGGACGGCCUUGUAUGAGAUGUCCUUGGGGAAAGACUACUUGGGCUUGACAGGGCGUGUCCGGCAGUUCAACAGUAUCGAGCCGACCACCAUCCCGCCUUCCUUUGGCGAUCGUGAUGGGGUGCAGCUCAUCCGCCAGAUCACUGGCGGACCCGGCAAUGAGUUCACCGACCUGGCGCAGCGGUCCAGCGCUGGCAUCCUGUGGCUCGCGGAUGUGGUUUGGAGCCCCUACGACAGCAAGUCCGUUCCUUGUAGUGACGGCACUUGUGCUUUGGGAGCUGCAUGGGUGCCGUCGGACCGGAUUGCCCAGUGUCCCGAAGGGACCGUCUUCUCUGUGCAGCUUGGCUGCAUUGCCUGUGAGAAGGGCAAGUAUGCAGAAGCUGGGAUGCUCGAAUGCCAGCCAUGCAACGUCGGCACCUUCACCAACGUGUCGGGCCUGGCAGCUUGCUAUCCUUGUGCCCCGGGGACCUACAACAACGUGCUUGGAGCAGACGGCUGUGAGCAGUGCAGCCAGGGGUUUUUCGCGAACGAGACGGAGUCAACGUCCUGCACGAAAUGCCCGAUCGGCCGCUACGCAUCCCAAAAGGGCCUUGGCGUGUGUGAGGCAUGUCCUUCGGGGCGCACGACCGCAGUCUCAGGCGCCAUUGACAUCGAGGCAGGCUUGACUUGUGACGGAGGGCGGACGGCGGUGGUGCAGCCCGGCUACUUCACACCUCCGAGUGCCCCCUUCGAUGUCUACAAGUGCCUUCCCGUGGAGUUCUGCCCCGGGGGCUUGCCAGGAGUGGGUGUGCCUUGCACGCAAUGCCCAGAUGGCCAGGCAUGGGACUCAAAUGCCUGUGGGGAAUGCACGUCCAUGAGCAUUCUCGGUUGGGUGGCAGGGGGCCUGAUGGGUGUCAUUGCGGUUCCAACGCUUUACUAUAUGAUGAACAUGAAGCAGACGGCCAAAGCCACUACCAUGUUGGCUACGUCCUGUGCGCUUGCAAUGACCAUCAGCAUGCUUCAGAACGUCGGCAUCGUCGGCUACAUCUCCUUCUCAUGGCCCUCGCAGCUGCAGUGGAUGUUUGAUUUGAUGAGCGUUUUCACCUUGGACUUGCAGGCGGUGGGUUUCGACUGCGUUUCCAGCUCACCCGUGGCAGGCUACCACAUGACGGCCGUGAUGCUGCCUUGCGCUUCUAGGCAGGCCUUGGUGUGGCUGAUCAUCUGCAGCUUCCUCAGCAAGCUCUUCCCGGCAAGGUGGCACUUCGACAAUGCGAAGCUGGUGAGCACCCUUGGCCAGUUCAUGCAGGUCUGCUUCACCAUCUACAGCAAGAUUGCGCUGUCCCCGGUUAUGUGCUACUCACAUCCGAAUGGCAAAAGCGGGAUGCUGGAGCACAACGGCAUUUUCUGCUUCGAGAGCGCCGAGCACACGCCCAUGUUCAUCGCUGGCAUGCUUGUCCUUUGCGGCAUGAUCAGCUUCUAUGCCCUGGCCAUUUUCGCCACAGUCAUCGCACCGAAACGGGCCUCCGCGGGCGAUGCAUGGUUCCUUGCCGCGACUCGCUUUCUGCUCUUCCGCUUCCGGAGUGACAACUGGUGGUAUGGAACCUUCAUGAUGCCUCGCGGCUUGCUGCUGUCGCUUGCCAUUGUGGCCGCGGGCGACAGCCCCUACGUGCAGAUGCUGAUCAUCGUGACCGUCAUGCUGAUUUACAUGGUGGUGCAGCUGACGACCUGGCCGUGGAAGCUGCCAGCCCUCAACGCCUUUGAUGCGACCAUCAGUUUCUGCCUCAUCCUGAUGAUGGCCAUCCUGGGAGCCUUCGCACCCGACCUGGGCAAGGACACCAUGCAACAGCUCACGAGCUGCGUGAUUGGCAUCAUUCUCUUCCUGAAUGGUGUGGUCUUCCUCAUGCUUUGCGUGACGCUGUCUGCGCUGAUUCGAUUGAAUGUCAUGGGCGGAGCUCAAGAGAGCGUGCUUCUGGCGCUGGGAGCGAUUCCACAGCCGAAGCUUCUCAGCGAGAAGCUCAUUCUUCUUUCGAGGCGAAUCCAGGAAUUGGGCGAGACCGACCUCGCACAAGUGCUGCAGAACCUUUCUAUCUACGACUUGCGCAUGACGGCUCAGAUCGUGACAGCUGUCGGAUCCGAGGUGGGUGAAGCCUCGUUGGUGCUGACGCGGCGAUCGCAGCUGAUGUCCACGUCGUCCGUCGUUUCGGUCACCCAGCUAAAGCAGCUCCAGGACUGCGGGUUUAGGGUUUAG